UAGCAAUGGAUGAUUUCGAAAUUAAGAAACGAGAAACCAUGUAUAGACUAAUGAUAAGUCAGUUGUUCUAUGAUGGGUACAAAGAUCUUGCUGUGGGCUUAGCUGCAAUCAUUCAACCACACCCGGCCUGUCCUCCUUCAGACAGACUUUUAAAAAUUGUAAAAUUGGGAUUAAAGUAUGAUGAUGAAGAGAACAAAGAGAAAGAAGAUUUAGUUGGAGAGAUUAUUCAACCAGGUGCUGGCAUUGAUUUAGAGUUUGAAACAGAAGUGCAGACAAUUUCUCCUGAAGUUGCUUUGUAUGAGACCUGUUAUGUGACUGCUCACAAGGGACCUUGUAGAUGUGCUGCCUUUCACCACACAGGUCAGCUUAUAGCCACUGGAUCUCAAGAUGCUUCAAUUAAGGUUCUUGAUGUAGAAAGAAUGUUAUCAAAAAGUGCAACACCAGCAGAUGUUAUGGCAUUAGAAACACCACAACAGCAGAUGGAGAAUCAUCCAGUCAUUCGAACAUUAUACGACCAUAAUGGCGAGGUGACGUGUCUUGAUUUCCACCCAUUUGAGUCUAUCCUUGCCUCAGGGAGUGAUGAUUUCAGCAUUCGUUUUUUUGAAUAUUCUAAACCAUCUGUCAAAAAAGCCUUCAAAAGUAUACAGGAAGCUUCAGAGCUAACACAGAUAUCCUUUCAUCCCAGUGGAGAAUACUUGUUAGCUGGCACAAGGCACCCAACUAUUCGUUUAUAUGAUGUCAACACAUUUCAGUGUUUUGUUGGAAGUAAUGCUCAUGAUCAGCAUUGUGGUAGAAUAACAGGGCUGAAAUGGAGCCCUAAUGCAAACAUGUUUGUAUCAAGUUCUAUUGAUGGCACAAUCAAAGUGUGGGACGGUGUCAGUCACAAGUGUAUUAACACGUUCCAUAAAGCUCAUGACGGAAAAGAAGUUUGUUCUGUUAAUUUUACCAGAAACUCCAAGUAUGUUUUAUCCAGUGGAAAAGACAGCCUUGUAAAGCUGUGGGAAUUGUCCACCAACAGGUGCCUGAUUGUUUACACUGGUGCAGGUGUAACUGGUGGGAUGGAACAUGGCACAGUGGCUUGCUUCAAUCAUACCGAAGAUUAUGUGCUUUUCCCUGACGAGAAAACUACAAGUUUAUGUUGCUGGGACUCAAGAAAUGCUGAACGUCAAAGGCUUUUAUCUCUAGGUCAUAAUGGCGUUGUCAGAUUUUUAGCUCACUCUCCCACUGGUCCUGCUUUUGUUUCCUGUAGUGAUGACUUCCGAGCAAGGUUCUGGUACAGAAAGGCUACAACAGACUAGGCACCUUAUAAAUACAUCUGACAAUUAUUUUUAUUAAAACAAAUUUUUUUAAUUAUUUUUUGUAGAAAAUUAAAAAAGAAAUGAUGUUAGGUUAAAUUACAUUUAAAAAUGUGUUGAAAAGAUAUACAAGUUCAAAUUAAUCAUGAAAUAAUUAUUGUUUUCAUUAUUAAGGCAACCUGUUAUCGGUUGAGA